AUGGCCUGCACAGAGAAUCAGUUCCGGCAGCAGUUCUGUCUGAAACAUGAACUGAAGAAAAUGGGAGUAGUGUGGGCAAUCCACAGUCUCCCCAGCCGCAAGGGAGGGAAAAACUAUAACCCCAAACACGAGACGCAGUGCGGGGGCGAGCGGCCCGCAGCAGCCGCGCACGCCCCCCCCCCCCCCCCCCCCCCCCCCCCCCCCCCCCCCCCCCCCCCCCCCCCCCCCCCCCCCCCCCCCCCCCCCCCCCCCCCCCCCCCCCCCCCCCCCCCCCCCCCCCCCCCCCCCCCCCCCCCCCCCCCCCCCCCCCCCCCCCCCCCCCCCCCCCCCCCCCCCCCCCCCCCCCCCCCCCCCCCCCCCCCCCCCCCCCCCCCCCCCCCCCCCCCCCCCCCCCCCCCCCCCCCCCCCCCCCCCCCCCCCCCCCCCCCCCCCCCCCCCCCCCCCCCCCCCCCCCCCCCCCCCCCCCCCCCCCCCCCCCCCCCCCCCCCCCCCCCCCCCCCCCCCCCCCCCCCCCCCCCCCCCCCCCCCCCCCCCCCCCCCCCCCCCCCCCCCCCCCCCCCCCCCCCCCCCCCCCCCCCCCCCCCCCCCCCCCCCCCCCCCCCCCCCCCCCCCCCCCCCCCCCCCCCCCCCCCCCCCCCCCCC